AUGGCGAUGCAACUUGAUUUGUCUCAAGCUACAAUAGCUUCCGUUAUGAAAGAUGAACAGGGUCGGCCGUUCAUCGUUGUCAGAGAUCAGGGAAAGAAGAAGAGGCAGCACGGCACCGAGGCCGUGAAAUCACACAUUGUGGCUGCCAAGACCGUCGCCAACAUCGUGAAGACUUCUUUGGGUCCCCGCGGUCUUGACAAGAUUCUGAUCUCCCCGGACGGUGAUAUCACCGUUACCAACGAUGGCGCAACUAUCCUCUCCCAGAUGGAAAUCACAAACAACGUUGCCAAACUCUUGGUCGAGCUCUCAAAGUCUCAGGAUGAGGAGAUCGGUGACGGUACAACUGGUGUCGUUGUCCUGGCGGCGGCUAUGCUCGAGCAGGCGGCCGAGCUGAUUGACAAGGGAAUCCACCCCAUUCGUAUUGCAGAUGGAUAUGAUCAGGCUUGUGAGAUUGCCGUUGCUCAGCUCGACGAGAUCAGCGACGAGAUCCCUUUCACCAAAGACGAUACCGAAAAUCUACUCAAGGUUGCGAAGACCAGUCUUGGUAGCAAAAUUGUCUCGAAAUCUCACGACCAAUUCGCCAAGAUCGCCGUCGAUGCGGUGCUUUCAGUUGCGGACCUCGAGCGUAAAGACGUCGAUUUCGAACUGAUCAAGGUAGACGGAAAGGUUGGCGGUGCUCUGGAGGACUCGCUCCUCGUCAAAGGUGUUAUUGUGGAUAAGGAUUUCUCUCACCCCCAGAUGCCGGACGAGGUUACAGAUGCCAAGCUGGCGAUCUUGACCUGCCCGUUCGAGCCUCCCAAGCCGAAGACGAAGCACAAGCUCGACAUCACAUCCGUCGAAGAGUUCAAGAAGCUUCAAGACUACGAACGUGAGAAGUUCACAGAGAUGAUCCAGCACUUGAAAGACUCAGGCGCCAACCUGGUAAUCUGCCAGUGGGGUUUCGACGACGAGGCAAACCACCUUCUACUCCAGAACAAGCUUCCUGCCGUCCGGUGGGUCGGUGGUCCCGAAAUUGAACUCAUUGCCAUUGCUACGAAUGGACGGAUCGUCCCUCGUUUUGAGGACCUGAGCCCGGAGAAACUGGGAACUGCAGGUCGCGUGCGGGAGAUGACAUUCGGUACCACCCGGGAGAAGAUGCUUGUCAUUGAAGAGUGUGCCAACAGCCGUGCCGUUACAAUUUUCGUACGAGGAAGCAACAAGAUGAUCAUUGAUGAAGCCAAGCGCUCGCUACACGAUGCUCUCUGUGUCGUGCGAAACCUCGUCACAGAUAACCGGGUCGUAUACGGUGGUGGUGCUGCUGAAAUUGCUUGCUCCCUCGCCGUGGAGGAAGCUGCUGUGAAAAGCCCCGGCAUUGAGCAAUACGCUAUGCGCGCGUUUGCCGAUGCGCUGGAUGCGGUGCCCUUGGCGUUGGCCGAGAAUUCGGGUCUGAGCCCGAUCGAGACACUUGCGGCGAUAAAAUCGCGCCAGGUUAGGGAGAAGAACUCCCGGUUGGGUGUCGACUGCAUGUUGACCGGCAACAAUGAUAUGAAAGAGCACUUUGUCAUUGAUCCUCUGAUCGGCAAGCGCCAGCAACUUUUGCUCGCUACUCAGCUCUGCCGCAUGGUUCUUAAGAUCAACAACGUCAUCAUUGCCGGUGAUGACAGCCAGGAGUUUUAG